AAGGGUUUUUGAGGAAAGUUUCUCGAAAAUGGCCAUUGCUCGUUUACUUUCACCCAAAUCAACUCCUCAAUUCAACAAUAGAGGUUUUGUAAUUUUGACGAGGAGGUGGUUAUCUUCUUCUCUUGAGGAUGGUCGGAAAUGUGAGAGAUUGUCAGAUUCUGAAGCUUCCACGAACAAAGAUAUUGGACAAAAGGUAGUGCAUUGGUAUUCUUUGGGAGGUUUAAUUAGUAAUCUAAAGCAAAAGAUUAUGGGAAACGUAAUUUUGAUGGACAAAAGUUCUGGUGAAGACUCGGUUUUGCCAAAAUCGCCAAUGGUUUCCUCAUCAGAUGUGGCUGUUACGAAAGUGGUGACCUUGAAGAACGUUGCAGAAAGCGAAAACUGUAUCCAUUCGAGUGUAAAAGAAGAAAUUGGAUCUGAAGAUGCAUCUCAAAGUGUUGCUGCGGAUAAUAAGAUCUGUAUCACUUCGAGUAUAAAAGAAGAAUCUUUUGUCUCGGAAAUGGGAUCUCAAGAUGCAUCUCAAAGUGUUGCUGUAGAAAACAAGAACUGUAUCUCUUCUAGUAUAAAAGAAGAAUCUUCAGUCUCUGAAAUGGGAUCUCAAGAUGCAUCUCAAAGUGUUGCAGGAAUUGAGGCUUGUGGGAAGAGAGAAAGCAUAACUGUAAGUAAUGACAGAUUAGGUAAUAUUAAUAGGUUAGAUGGCUUGGAGUCUGGGCAGGGGAAGGUGUUGAGAUCAAUACGCACUGAAAGGGUGGAUCCUUCUGAGGAACAAAGUUCUAAAGAUGUCACUUUAGGUUUCUUGACUGAAGAAGUAUCGGAAAGUCAGACAUCAUCUAGGAAAAAUAUGGGGAAGUUGCAGCCUGCGAAAGGGCUAUUCGAUAAAGUGAAGCCACCUCAAAAUAGUCUCUCGAAGUUGUUUGUAAACUCGGAUCCAUAUAAAGAGGUUAAGCAUCCUCUGAGAUUUGAGACUUUGAGUAACAGUAAUUCCAGUAUGUCUACUGGAGAAUCCUGUAGUGAUGCAGGUGAUCAACACAGCCUAUUUGGUAAGAUGCUGUCUGAUCCUGUCCAGGAAAUUAAAAGUAUCCCCAACGAAAAUGAUGAGCACAGGUUGUCGGAUGCUCCUCAAAAUCUCAGCUCUUUGACAUCCGUUCUAUUAAGGGAUUGGAUUGAUGAACAGAGGAGUGAAGACCUGGCUGCUAUUAGAGAAAGGAAAAGUAUAUUUUCGCUUGAAAGUUCUAGAAACACUGUUGCACCUAUGGCAGUGGGUACUAUGAAGAAGUUGAUGGACUCCCUUAACUUUCCAACUGACAAUGGCACAGAUGCAGAAGCCAACUCGUUGAAUUCUAAUAGUAGAGAAGAGAAAUGGAUAUCCGAAGGCAAUUCUGCAAUGCAAAACAGUGAUCGUUUUUGUGCGAUAGAGGAAGAAGAACCCCAAGGGGAAACUUUUGUAAUGGAAACCCAAUCAUUGUGCAGUCAGGACACUUUGGACGCUACCACCGUGAAUCCUAAGGUAACAAAAAAGAGUUUCUUGGCAUUAUCUGCUGGAGAACACUCUCCUAACAAAGUACUGCUAAGGUUUUUGCCAGAAUCAUCUAUGAAGAAACACAUUGUUAAAGCGUUUUCUUCUCAGUUUGGAGCCGUUUUGCAUGUACAAGAAAUUCCCUCUAUUGAAGGGUGCAUUUACAAAGAUGCUCUCUUAACUUUUGAGACUAACACUGCAGUCAAGAAAGCUCUCAAGAAAGGCCAUGUGACGGUGAUGAAUUACAAUACAGUUGUCGAGGCAACUUCUCAGGAAGACAUGGUAGAAAGGAUUUGCAUUCCGGAUCUCAUUGGCGAUCCAGAUGUGCCUGUUGCAUUGGUGAAGGAACCAGCCCGAACAGUUAAGAUUCAUCCACUGACGCACGAUUUUAGUUCAAAUCAGAUCAAAGAAGCGCUAAAGUUCUGUAGGAGCAACAUAUCUAAGUUUACCUUGGGUUCAUCGAGAACAGAUGCUUUCGUGGAGUUUGAGACGGAAGACGGCAAAGAGAGAGCACUUGCGGAGCAUUCAAUCAGCAUAUGCAACACACAAUUGUUUAUCUCGAGGAUUGAUAUACCGAGGACAAUCGUGGCAAGGAUUUCAAACUUGUCGAAAUCAGCAAUGAGAGAUGUACGAGCAUUGUGUGUACCUUAUGGACAGAUCAGAGGGGUGUAUAUCAGGGGAACUGGUGUUGCGGAUGUGUUUUUCGAUAUCUCUGAGUGGCCAAACAUGCUCGCCAUUCUCAACAGCAUGAAUGGUAUGGAGAUAGAUGGUAAGAAGUUGGUGGUUCGACCUGCAACAACAGUAAUACCUCCUGAAAUAUUGAGGGUUUUGUGGAAAGAUCCUCGAGAAAAGAGAUAUGUGAAAAGUGUAAUUCAGAAUCUGGUGAGAGAGAUUGAGCAGCCUUUAGAUGCAACUCGUUGCCACACACUUAUAACAGAAUUACUACUAUAGCUUCAUGUACUCUUUAACUCAUUAGAGCCUAGAGCCAUUGUUUUUGUAAAACGAAUCAAAAGAGAGAAUUAACUAUCCAGACCUCAAAAUUAGAUAUUUGGCAAACCGGAGUUGACCAGAAGCAGGGAUUACACAGACCCACUAUCAUCUGGAUUCCAUUGCCUCACCAGUCACCGACUCACCGCCAUUGGUCCUGGCUCGUCCUCCUCUUCAUCCUUGUUCCAAGUGGUUAUGCUUGAUCUUUGCAUGGCAGAGAUGGACGGCUAAGGACAAUUAUGAAGUGACCUUGACGCUUAGGAGCCGAUCUUCACCGUCCAUUUUAACGUGCUUUGUGUUUUUAUGGAUAAACAUCAUGCGUACCCUAAUUAUACUGGUAGAC